CAGAAGUGCAUGGUUCUCUUGUGGGCGAUUUUGAACGACUAGAACGCGCGCGAGUCUUCCAUUUUAUAGACACGGCCGGCCGGGGCUUAUUUCUAUGCACUGGAGGUAGAUUCGUCAUAUAGCGAGGGCCAAGCGGCAUGGUCUGAAAUUUACAAGGCGAUGCCAAUGCUAACCAUUGACGCGACCACCGGAAUGAACAAUGGCGGCGUUCUCCUGCUAUUCAUCGUCUUCAUGGCCGGUGUCGUGCUCACUUUUGUUCUAUCGAGUCGACGGGGUCAUGGGAGAAGCGCACCGAGCCCCCCGUCGGUCCCGCUGCUGGGCCACCUCCACCUGAUCAAGAAGCCGCUACACCGGUCGCUGGCCACGCUGGCCGCCUCGGUGAGUGGCGGAGCACCGGCGCCGCUCGUGUCGCUGCGGCUGGGCGCGCGCCCGGCGCUCCUCGUGUCGACGCACGCGGCGGCCGAGGAGUGCUUCACGGCGCACGACGCCGCGCUCGCGGGCCGGCCGCGGCUGCUCGUGGGGAAGCACCUCGGGUACAACUACACAGCGCUCACCUGGGCCUCCCACAACGCCCACUCGGGUCUCCUGCGCCGGAUCCUCGCCGGCACGCUCUUCUCGGCGCCCCGCCUCGAGGAGCGCGCGGCCGACCGCCUCGCCGAGGUCACGUCCCUCGUGGAGAAUCUGGUCAAGGACACCGGCGGCGGCGGGGCGGAGGUCACGCUCCGUCCUAGGCUCUUCGAGCUGCUUCUGAACACGAUGCUGCGCGUGGUGACAGCGGACGGGCACGCCGGCGACGCGCGCGUGUUCCAGCUGUUCGUGGAGGAGUCAUUUAAGGUGGUCGGCGCGCCCAGCGUCGGGGACUUCUUCCCGGCGCUGGGGUGGGUCGACCGUCUCCGCGGCAUCGAGGCGGCGCAUGCGAGGCUGCAGGCGUGGCGUGACGCCUUCGUUGGAGGCAUCAUCGACGACCACAGGCGAAGGCCCGACGCCGGUAGUACCGGGGACAGGAAGAGCGUCAUCGACGAGCUCUUGGCGCUGCAAAAGAUCGAUCCCGAGUACUACACCGACACCAUCCUCAAAGGCAUCGUCCUGAUACUGUUCACAACUGGCACGGACACGACGGCGCUGACCAUCGAGUGGACGAUGGCGUUGCUGAUGACGCACCCGGAGCUGCUUCGAAAGACGAGGGAGGAGAUAGACGCCAACGUUGGCACGGGACGGCUCGUCGACGAGACGGACAUGGCCAACCUCCCUUACCUGCAGUGCGUUGUCAAGGAGAGCCUCCGGUUCUGCCCCGUCGGCCCUCUCAUCCCGGCGCACGAGGCCAUGGAGGACUGCACGGUGGGAGGCUUCAGGGUCCGCCGCGGCACGAUGGUCCUCGUGAACGCGUGGGCGAUCAACCGGGACGCCAACCUCUGGAGCUCCCCGGAAGAGUUCAGGCCGGAGCGGUUCUUGGACGCCGGCGCUGCCCCCAUGAUGCCGUUUGGGCUCGGCCGGAGGAGGUGCCCCGCGGAAGGGCUGGCGAUGCGUCUUCUUGGCUCGACAGUUGCAGCGCUGGUGCAGUGCUUCGAGUGGGAUGCCGGCGCCGUUGACAUGGCCGAAGGUGCCGGUCUGAGCAUGCCAAUGGCCACGCCGUUGGCUUCUGUGUGCCGGCCCCGAGAAUUUGUCUACCAUUUGUUCUCGUCUUCUGCUUGAUGGACCCGUCCGCAUGUUUCACAAGGAAACGAAAUUUGUGAGGGCUUUCCUGUGCAUCGGUUGUGAGAUCAACAAGCAAUGAAAAAAAUCAGAACA